AUGGAAAAGAGUUUUAUCAUGGUGAAACCGGAUGGAGUUCAGAGGGGACUGGUUGGGACCAUCAUCGAGCGCUUCGAAAAAAAAGGAUACAAAAUGAUAGCAUUAAAAAUGUUGAAUCCGACCAAAGAAAUACUUAAGGAGCAUUACAAGGAGUUAGCUGACAAGCCAUUUUUUAACACCCUCGUUGAGUACAUAAGUAAAGGUCCCGUCGUUGCCAUGGUUUGGGAAGGAGUCGAAAUUGUAAGUCAAAGCAGGAAACUCAUUGGAGAAACGAACCCUCUGAAUAGCAACACUGGCACCAUUAGGGGUGAUUUCUGUCUGGAGGUUAGCCGAAAUGUGAUUCACGGUAGUGAUUCCGUUGCGUCGGCCAAUCGGGAAAUUAACAUUUGGUUUAAGGCGGACGAGUUAGUGCAGUGGAGUCACCACUCGAAGCCGUGGAUUUAUGCGUAG